AUGGCUGCCACUGCUGCAUGUCUUUGCCUAGUCAAUCGUACCGGCUCGUACCGCCGUCCCACACCACUGCUGCGGCCUCCGUCAGUGCUCGGCGGCACGCGUUCCUCGUCGCCCCUGCGUCACGCCAGCACUGCCCGCUUCUGGACCCCACUAGAGGAUACCGGUAUGGGCCCGGUCUACCAGAGACCAGCCAGCUGUCCUACUGCGUCGGUGUCUGUCGCCGCGGUGUCGUCUGAUUGCGGCAAAUGGUUCCCACGAGUUUUCCACGUCUUCGAGUCUACGCCAUGCCACGUAAAGCUGCCAUUCCUUAGCCGUGGUGCCAUAGCGGUGAUCCACAAUUGCUCGCACACCAAGCACAAUACCUUGGGUUGCCACAUGUUCACGAAUCUCGGCCGUGGUGCCGACAUCGUCGUCGCAGUAGUGCUUGAGGCGCGACCCGUGCACCUCGAACUCGUCAUCCGUUAG